AUGCAUCUCUUUCGCCCUCGACUCGUGCUCGUCGCCCUGGCGAGCAGCACCCUCGCCCGCCCCGCCCCUCCCAAUCCAGCCGAGGGCUCCUUUUGGGCGAUGCUGUCACACGUGGCUCGCAGCGACACCGACGCCUUCCUAGCGAGCCGCUUUCCGCAUGUUCCAGUUGAGCAGCGUGCGCGCAUCGGCGAUGUUCCUUCGAAUCUCUGGGGUCUAGUUCAAGGCACGGACGCCUCCGGGCGGCUCAUCCUGCCCACCCCACCGCCGGGACACGUUCUUCUGCUCACCACAAGCGUGCCUCCGACCCACACUGUGUCGAAUCCCGCUUAUCUCCUGCGCGGCAGACCGGGAAAGUCCACCGUGCGCGGUCUCGGUCUACUCACUCUACCCGAUGGCACGCAGCGCACGUUUCGCACAGUAGCAUUCGACCCUCUUCCCUCUUCAGCCGGGCCGUUGCAAGGGGGUGUCGUUGAUCGAACGCACCAUGUGCCCCCGCGCAGCUUCGACGCGGGACUGUUCGGGGCGAGAAAGCUCACUGUCUCUCACGAAGGCAGGACCAUGUGGAGACCAAAGGACAAAGUCAUGCUGGCACACGUAUCCGUCCUGCCACUGGACGGACCGGGAGAACGGGAGAUGAGGGUGUAUCCAGACGCAAUUCUGCGCGAGGUGCUCGCCGGACCCUCAGGAAGGCAUGCGGGACUGGUACAGUGGUCGGAUGGACCGGAGCUCAAGGAGAAAGGCAAGGUGCGCGAGGGAACAAGGCUGUUUCGCGAUUGGAAGAAGUGGGUCUACGCCAAUCUCCCACGGUUGUCGCCGGGAGAAGGUGCGGCGGGUACCAGUUCCCAGAUGCAACCGUAG